UGCAUGCACAGCCUUCGAAUCUUGAAUCAUUUCUUGAAACUUCACAAACUGAAGCUGACGAUAUUUCUUGUAAGAUGGAGGCAGCUAGAUGCAUUGAGAAAGAAAUCUGGCUUGGGAAUCAGCGGUUCCUUGAUGAUGGUGUUCCAACUUCAACAUCUGAGCAACAGGAAGAUGUUGAAAAUCUAGUUGACAACAAGUUUGCCAUGUACAGGGCUAGGAUCAAGAAUUUGGCUCCUGAGGACAAAGGACCUCUUUUAGAGCGUUUCAAACAUCUUGCUUAUCUCAACAAAGGUCUAUGUUACCUCUCGGAAUCCUAUGAGGUAUUGGAUGCCAGUCGACCAUGGCUAUGCUACUGGAUAUUACACAGCCUGGAGCUAUUAGGAGAAAAACUUACCCCUGAGCAGUCCUCAAAUAUUGCCCAAUUCCUUGGUAAAUGUCAAUGUCCUGAUGGAGGCUUUGCAGGUGGUCCAGGACAGAUAGCCCAUCUAGCCCCUACCUAUGCUGCUGUGCUUGCCCUUAGUACUCUAGGAACCGAGGAGGCAUAUAAUAUCAUUGAUAGACCAAAGCUUCAAUCUUACCUCCUGAGAAUGAAAACACCAGAGGGUGCUUUCCUUAUGCAUAGUUCUGGAGAAGUGGAUGUCAGAGGAGCUUAUUGUGCAGCAGUAUCUGCUCUUCUUACAAAUGUAGCAACUCCUGACAUGUUUGAUGGCACACCAGAAUGGAUCGUCAGUUGCCAGACAUAUGAAGGAGGAUUUGCUGGCCAGCCUGGUAUGGAAGCUCAUGGAGGAUACACCUUUUGCAGUGUAGCAGCCUUGGUGCUAUUAGGACAUGAGAGAUUAUGUGAUGUCCAAGGUUUACUAAGAUGGCUUGCUAUGCGUCAGAUGCGAUUUGAAGGCGGUUUUCAGGGAAGAACAAACAAACUUGUUGAUGGUUGCUACUCCUUCUGGCAAGCUGGAGUAUUUCCUCUUAUUCACUCCAUUCUCAGUAAACAGGAUGAUACAGCUCUUAGUAUGGACUCAUGGAUGUUUGAUCAGAGAGCAUUACAAGAGUAUGUUCUUCUCUGUUGUCAGUAUAAUCAUGGAGGACUUAUAGAUAAACCUGGAAAGGCGAGAGACUUUUACCACACCUGCUAUUGUCUAAGUGGUCUAUCAGUGGCUCAACAUUUCUUAGCUGGUCAACUCAGGGAAGAUGAUGUAGCUGGUGAUCCCAAAAAUGAACUUAGACCAACCCAUCCAGUGUUUAACAUCAGUCUUCAGUGUGCCCACAAUGCAUCACACUACUUCGGCAAGCUACCCAUCCCCACCCCCAGAUGAGGAUACGUUGAGUCUGAGUCGUAGACUACUUAAUCUGUAUUAUUAUUAUUAUGCUAUCCAUCCACUGCUGCAAUAUGCAUCCCCUAUGGUAGUAAACAUGUGUGAAAUAUGAUGGGAAUCAAUCAUCAGCGAGGUUUGACUGUACGUGAUCGGACGAUAAAUCCUCCAUGGACAAUGACAUAACAGUGACAUGUCUUUUGUUUUUCAAGGUACCCCUAUCGUUAACCCUUUGAACCCCGAAAGGCAAAAAAAACAGCUUCACCAUGAACGCGCAUAUACCCUAAAAGCCGGAAUACUGGCUUCAAGUCAUGUGAUUCUCUUACAUAUUAAGUGCAGUUAUAGAAUUUCAACUCCAAUGAUGUGGAAUGCUAGUAUGGCAAGCAUUCUCCUCAUUUAUCAUACCGCAUUUACAAAAUCGGUUUAGAUUUUGUGAAGAUUCUUUCUUAGAUAAUCUGCUCUACAUUUCAUUCAUCUAUCAUUAAAACUUUACCCCACCACCCCUAUAACACAGAAACCUAUGUACUUCAGGUGGGGUAUCACGACCCCGAUUUCGUUUUCCUCGUUUAAAAGAGUGGUCAGCGCCUUGCAGCUUCCCAUGAGAAAUUAUGGUAUUUGAUUUCAGAUGUGCUUUUCAUUAUCUUACAUAAUAGUGUAAACAAACACUUACUGGGGCUCUGCCCAAAAGGAAAGGAGAAGUAGGAAUUAUAUUUUACUUUUUUAAAGAUAGUUUCAUGUCCAUAAGUCACUCAUGAUUUAGAUGAAGACCGAAAUGAAAGUUUUAACGAAGCAAAAUGGCCCAGAAUUGGCAAUAUAAACAAUUUUAAACGAAACUGUCCUGACGAGUUGCGAUGCGCUGGGCUCAUAGAGAGUUAGCUGUGCCCUCUCCCUCAAUCGUGCUUACCUCUGUCUCUUUCUCCCUCUCCCCCUGUCAAGGUCGCUUCUCACAGAGGGGGAUUACAUUGCGCAGCGCCUGGGCUUACUUUUCUCAGCUGUUUCCAGUAGUGGUGGAUGCCAUGUUUAAACGCAAUGUUAUUGUCAUGGAUUCAAGCAUUACUUGUGAAAACCAGUGUGUCCCCAUAGUGUUACAGGUGCAUACACUUCCCAGUGUUAUGACGACGCAACAAUCAUCUAACAUGUGCAGCUCCAGAGAAUGCGUCAGAUUUGGGUGGACCAAACCAUGUGAGAAAUUAGGCAAUGUGAGAGCAGCGUCCUAGUGCAUGUGCAUAUAGCAUCAACAUUCAUUGCCAAAUAGGCGCAUCACAAGCUUACAAUCGUAAAUCUAAAUCUCUGCAACGUCAUGGUCUAGUACUUCAUAGAGUGAAGUAAAAAUUGGAUCAGAAGUAAACACACAAAUAAGGGUUGUUAUUUCAUGGAAUUUAACUUUUUCUAAAAAGAAAAACCUUUUGAACCCUAAAAGCCGGAAUAACGGCUGCACCAUGAACGUGCUUAUACCCUAAAAGCCAGAAUACUGGCUUCAAGUCUUGUGAUUCGAAAGCAAGGGUUUUAGAUAUCAGGUGACCUUUAAAAAUGACUUGAUUUUAGAGAUAUUCAGUCGAUAACUUCAGUUGAUAUUUUCUGAAGACGAUUGGCUUUCAUUUAUAAGGUUUCAGCAUAAAAAUUGACCAAAACAUAAUACCCUACCAAGGAGGUACACGGCGAGUCGUGUACGGACUAUGCGUAAGCAAUUGUUGGAGUUUACUUCAGUCAAAACAGUAAUUAUGAGACAAAAUUUGAGAUUAUCGUUAGAACGGAAAGCUAAACAACAUCAGCAGGGCAGGGCCGGAUAUCAGCGGAGUAAGGAGCUGCUGACAUGACUGGGCUCGAAUCAUGAGAAUAGGAGAUAAUUUAUUUCAAAUGUCAUGUGUUCCUUCGUUUUGCCGAUAAGCUUUAUAUCUGGUAAUAAUUCAGGGUGAGGGUCACGACUGUCUCUAAUAAUUCAGGGUUCAAAAUGUUAAUAAGUAACAUCAAAGUAUUUCUUUCUGCCUUUAUAUUUCUCCUGGGCAAGAGUGUAUGUACUUCUGUCAAAUGACAACAUCAACUGUCAAAUGUAUUACUCAUGUGCUAUACAAAUCAUAACUGGUAUGUAAUUUCUUUCUAUAAACUGGUUUUAUGUUUGGUCUAUAUAAUCCAGUCUGAAAUGAAAUGAAAUGAGGUCAUUCUAUUGAAUAGCUUUAAAAUGUACAUUCCAAGAAUGGUUUUGCAAUCAUGAGAGCUGAAGUAAAUGGUAGUAGAUAUUCCUGGAGAUUUUUAGGUAUUAACAAUUGCCGACUAAAGAGGUUCAUCCAAAUGGUGUGAUGACAUUUUGUUAGUAAAAAAAGAAAUUUUACCUGUUUUGGUAAGCUUUCACUUGCUAGUUGUAAGCUUCAUCAAGCCUUCAUCAUAGAUGUGAUAAUACGCUCUUUCCUUGACAUACUAUCCCAUUCUUACACUCUCUCGUGCUCCAACAGCAACCCGGCCGUCUUUAGCAAAGGUCUGAUAAAGCUUGCAGCCAUGCAAGUAAGAGCUUACAAACACAUGUUAAGUUUCAUGAUAGUGAAAAAUACAUUGUUUUCUUACAUUGUAUAACAUUUUCUGUUCUAUGUAACAUUGUGUCAAUGUACAUGUAGAUGUCAUGUUCAAUGGAUUUGUCUUUUUUUUUUUUACAUGAAAAUAGAUGUUCAUAUAUUCACUGACGCGACCAUGAUCAUUCUAAAUGCAUAAUAUCACCUAAACUCAAGUUUGCUGAGUGCACAUGACAAUCAACUUUGCAUGAUUUGUCAUGCUUCAAGAAAGUGAAAAUGCCCAUGUACAUGAAGUGAUUAGCAAAUGUAAUUAUAGCAGUCUACUAUUUGGUGAGAAAAUCUUUCACCUCGGGAUUACCCAGAAAAUCUAGGGAUCAAGGGAGAUGCCCUUGUGCAAAUAAAAAGUCCAAUUUCAUCGUAAAAUAUGUGUGCUCAUUUUUUUUCCAUUUCAGUUGAGCAUUGAUCUGAAAUAGUUUAUGUACAUUGUAUAGUUUCUGUAUGUAUAAGAUGGUAAGUUUUUAUGCGCUAUGUUGGUAUAAUAUAAUGCUUUUACCAAAGUAAAGUGAUUCAAGUAUCUUGAAUAAAUGACUUCUAAGUAGUUUUGCAAUUUAAAGUUUUAGCUCUGAUAUUUAUACAUGACAAGUAAGUUUCCCCUUAAUCAAAAUAGCACCCAAAAAAAAUAGCGAAAAACGCUUUGAUUAAUGGCUCUCUGAUUCACCAAGAGUGUUUCAUAUCACUCCUUGGUAAUAUUUUACUGUUCUAGUUGAUAGGAUUGUUGCUUUGAUCUACAUGGUCUUAAAUAUUAGACUUAAUUAGAGCAUCUAAUCAAAAUCAUUCUAGUAGAUUCAAGUUCUGGUGUGAUGAAUUGCAGAAUAAUUUGGAUGAUUUUAUUUGAUAUUCAUUUUAUCACUUGUAUAAAAAGGCUAGUACUUCAAUUAUGACAUUUAUUGAUUUAACUAUGGAUGGCAUAUUAUUGUGACAAAAAAAAAGAGUUUAACUUUAAUUUCUUAUUGUUGAAGCUUGUAAUUAAAAUGCUUUAAAGGAAAAAAAAGCAAAAUAUAAACCUUAAAACAUUACAUGAAAUGAAAGAAUGUUUUACUGUGUGUAACAUAUAGAAAACAUGUGACUUUCAUGUAUAUUUCUAUUUCAAAAGUAGAAAAACAUAUAGUAUAAAUGAUUUUGAAAAUGCUUUUUAUAAAUGGAGACAAGCACUUCAAUAAAACCUAGCAUAUUCCAUUAAAAAUGAAUGCACCAAUGAUAAAAUUAUAUCAUGAAUGAAACUUAACUUGUUCUAUAUAUUAAAGUAGUAUAUCUAUUUCAACCACUGCUCAAAUAAUGAAAUGUGAUGUUUUGUGUAUGAAAUACACAGGGAUAUACUGUAUCAUUGACAAAUGUGUUGUAAAUAAUUUGCAUGUAUAUUAAAAAGGUCUCAAGGCAAUGAUUGUUUUUAUCGUAAAACUAUUUUGUUCAAUCUAUGCAUCAUGUUUUGCUUGCAUUUGUUUUCAGGUGUACAUGGUGAGUAGCAAACUCUAGAUCUGUGCCCUAAAUAAAAAUCAUUCUCAUAAGAUUGAAAAAAGAAAUGGAAAUAUUGUCAUGGACAAAAAAGAAUUUAAGAAAAGAACUUCAAAUUCUGACAAUCCAUCAGGCAUUGACCAUUGAUACCCCCUGCCACCCCCACCCCCCGCCCACAAAAAUCACUAAUGAUACAGCAAUACUUUAUUUAGAUUGAAUAGAAAUGCGAGCUUGCCUUCCAUAAGAUGUUGAAAUUCUUCUCCAAUCUGAUAUGUGCCAGAUUUGAAGGCAUGCAGGCCACAUUUUUCAAGGUCAUUUGACAAAUACUAACAGUUAACAAGCAUCUGCUAUUUUGAUAUUCAGUGGAAUUGACAACAAAACUCUGCUCCAGCCUGAGCUUUCAGUUUUCCAUUGUUGCGUUUUGCUUAUUAUUGGAAAAUUGCAAAAGAAUUUAAUUAUUUUUUUGUAAGUCUGUGAUUUUAAAGGUAAAAGACAGUAGUUGCAGCAAAUAAUUAAUUCAUGAGAAAGUCUUUAAAAUCAAGGUUAACUGUCAAAAUAUUAUCAUACAUAUAGAUCUGGAACAUUAAUGUAAACUUACCUUUGUAAAAUCAUGAAAUCUUAGCUCUGUCAAAAUCGAUAAUUCUGAUGAUCACUAACACAGAAAAGCAUAAUUAUGUGGGACAGUGUAUUAAUAUUGCUUCAAAGAUACCAGACAUUUAAUGGAAUUCUGUGCUUAUUUUGCUCAUUUUUCAGCAAUUACGCAUUUUCCUCCAUGGCUAUUUGGCACACAUUUUUUAUUCAUACAUACAAACACUUUGGUGGUAAUUUCAUUGGAUUCUGUUCAAACUCAUUUUGAGAUCAUCACCAAAACUGGUAUUUAUCUUUAACAAGCAGGUGUUGGUGUUGCCUUUGCAUGGCCAAAAGUAUAAGCUUUACUCAAAAGAAGAUCAUUUGGCAGAAUAAUCAUUGUGUUCUCAUAAAGAUCUAAAGAAGUAUUUAUGUCUUCAAUAAAAAUUAGAAAAAAAAAAUUAUACCCACCCCCUCACAAAUUAUGAAAUAUGUCACUCGAUAUGUUGGACUUGGAUGUGACUAUCACAUCCAAAUCAGAGGUUAGCCUAUCAAACUACCGUUUGUUAGGCUAACCUCUGAUAAAAAUAUCUUCAAAUUGCAGAGGUUGAUUCAUGAAAGAUAGGUGUGAACAAUGUUUAACUUAAACAGAUGAAUCACAUGGCAGACAAGCCUCUGGCAAGCACUUUCAGCAUUUGAAGAACUUAAUGUGUGAAAAAAAUGUAUACAAUUUCCAAUUAUAUAUGUAAACAAAUGUCAAGUAUGCUUUGUUUGUAACACGAAACCGGGGUUCGUCGUUCAUUGUCGGAUGUUGAUCGUGAUAAUAUUUAACGAGGCCAGAAUGAACUUUCUAACUGCCAGCAUCAAAAUAUUUUAUUACACCUGUUAAUUAUGAUUGUCUUCUGUCUAUGCCUAUGGCGUUAUUACCUUGCUCUUGAAAAUAAAUACUUCAUUAGAACUUUA